AUUCAGACAAACACCAGCCAGGGGAGAAGUAUAUAAUGAUGAUACUGUUUGCCUACUUUCCUGAUUUCUUCCAAAAAAAUUUUCUUUUUUCCCAUCAAAAAUUGAAAGAAAAAAAUUGUUUCUCAAAAACAAAAAGAACAUUUCUGUUUUAUAUGUCUCAAAAAGCAUAUGAAAGGAAAAACACAAAGAGGCUAGAAAAAAAAACAGUAUAAUCUUGAUUGUCAGUGAGGGAAAAAAACAACCCACCUAGCAGCCCACCACAAUACCAAAAACAAAGGCAACCCCACCACCAUAUUGUACAGCGUGUGUGAGAGAGAGACAGAGAUAGAGAUUAAAGUUGUAAAUCCACUUUGUAAAUUAUUUACAAGAUUUAGCUAACUUUUAUUGUAAUUUUGUGCAUUUUGAAAGCUAGUCUAAAGAGGAAACACGAACUAAAAGGAAGCAGAGUGGGUAGCUUCCUUGUGAUUGAUCAAAAAAGUUUUUUUGGGUUAGAUAAUUUGUGGGAUUUUUUUACCAUUACUUGGUGGUGUCUGUAAUCCAUCUAGAACAACUUCUAAGUUGUGUGGUUCUUCUCCAAAAAGGCUGCUUUCAAGACUUCUUUCUAAAGUCUCUUCCAGAAAAAAGGUAAAUUUUUGAGGUCCCUUCUCCUUUUUCUCAUUUGAAUUGGAAAUUUGAAACAUUAGUAAUGAAAUUAUGUGUGGUGGAUUUGGGUUUAGCUGAUAAAGUAAUGAUCUUUGGUCUACUUGAGAAAUUGAAGGAAAGGCAUGUUUUGUCGACUAAAUGAAUGAUUCUCUGAAUUCUGUUUAGCGUUGAAGUGUGUUUCAGUUGCUUGUUUAAGUUGUGAACCUGAUUCAAGUGUUUUUCCUUUUUAUUGUUCUCUUGGGAAUUGUAUGUAACUAUGGGACUGUAUUGAUCCUUAAGAGUAACUUUUCUGGUGGGUCACUGUUUAAUGGGAGCAUUUGUAGGUGGGGGUGAGGUUCAAUUGGUUGGCUGUUAAUUGAAGAAGACGACUAAGAAGCUGAUAGUAUGAGAAAUCUGUAGGCACUAAUAGUAAAACUGCCAAAGUGGCAAAAUUUAAUGAUUUUUGCAGUCACGAAUUCUUAAAAGCUCUCUCGUGGUUACCUGACAUUUUGGUCAUAAUCUGUUUGAAUGGCCUGGUGGAGAUGGCACGCAUGUUCAUACAUACUCUAAGAAUAACAUUUUGACUUAAUUGCCAUGGGACCAGCAUCAAUCAAAUUGGAGCUCCUUGUGAUUUUGGUGCUAUCAUGUCUCUGUACCUUUGUCUUAUCUGAUACCCAAGGAGAUGCACUGUAUGCGUUGAGAAGCUCUCUGAAGGCUUCUAAUGAUCAACUUAAGGAUUGGAAUCAAAAUCAAGUUAAUCCUUGUACUUGGUCAAAAGUUAUAUGUGACAACAAUAACAAUGUCAUUACGGUGUCGUUGUCCAACAUGGGUUUUUCUGGUACCUUAUCUCCAAAAUUAGGGGUUUUGACAACUCUUACAACUCUGGCAAUGCAAGGGAAUGGUAUUAGUGGUCAGAUACCAGAAGAGUUGGGGAACUUAACUAGUUUGACCAUGUUAGAUUUGGAUAACAACCAUUUAAGUGGACCAAUACCAGCUUCUCUUGGAGAUCUUAAGAGGCUUAAUUUCUUAAUUUUGAGUCAAAAUAACCUUUCUGGAGAAAUACCUCCAUCACUUUCUAAUCUCCAAAGCUUAAUUAACCUUCAGCUUUCUUCCAAUGGUCUUAGCGGCGAAAUACCUGAGCAAUUAUUCGAAGUUUCCAAAUACAACUUUUCAGGAAACAAUCUAAACUGUGGCCUGAAUUUCCCUCAUCCAUGUGAAUCCAUAAGUGGAGGUGGUUCAAGUAAAUCAAAGCGUGGAACAAUUAUUGGGAUAGUUGCUGGGAUUUUAGGCAUUCUACUUCUUGGAGGUUUGCUGCUGGUUUUCUGGAAGAGUAGACGGAAGGGCUACAAGCGCGAAGUUUUUGUGGAUGUCGCAGGUGAAGUUGACAGAAGAAUUGCUUUUGGGCAGCUGAAAAGAUUCUCUUGGAGAGAAUUGCAGCUUUCCACAGAUAACUUCAGUGAGAAAAAUGUGCUUGGACAGGGAGGUUUUGGAAAGGUUUAUAAAGGAGUACUCGCAGAUGGCACCAAAGUUGCUGUCAAACGUUUAACUGAUUAUGAGAGUCCUGGUGGUGAGGCAGCUUUUGGCCGUGAAGUUGAGAUGAUUAGUGUGGCUGUACACAGAAAUCUUUUACGAUUGAUUGGAUUUUGCACUACACCAACUGAACGUCUAUUGGUUUAUCCAUUCAUGCAGAAUCUGAGUGUUGCUUAUCGCCUUCGAGAGCUUAAACCUGGAGAAGCUACACUAGAUUGGCCUACCAGAAAGAGAGUAGCACUGGGCACUGCACGUGGACUAGAGUACCUUCAUGAACACUGUAAUCCUAAAAUUAUACAUCGUGAUGUCAAGGCUGCUAAUGUUUUGCUGGACGAGGCUUUUGAAGCGGUGGUUGGUGAUUUCGGCUUGGCAAAGCUGGUUGAUGUUAAAAAGACUAAUGUUACAACACAGGUUCGAGGAACAAUGGGUCAUAUAGCUCCUGAAUACUUGUCCACUGGAAAAUCUUCAGAAAAGACGGACGUCUUUGGAUAUGGAAUCAUGCUUUUAGAGCUUGUCACUGGUCAGCGAGCAAUAGAUUUCUCGCGUCUUGAGGAAGAAGAUGAUGUUUUGUUGCUUGACCAUGUAAUGAAACUGCAAAGGGAGAAAAGACUAGAUGCUAUAGUGGAUCGCAACCUGAGUCAAAAUUACAACAUCCAAGAAGUUGAGAUGAUGAUACAGGUUGCAUUACUCUGCACUCAAGCAUCAGCAGAGGACCGACCAGCCAUGUCAGAAGUAGUGCGCAUGCUGGAAGGGGAGGGACUGGCUGAGAGGUGGGAAGAGUGGCAACAUGUUGAGGUCGCCCGUAGGCAGCAGUAUGAGAGGUUGCAGAGAAGAUUUGACUGGGGAGAAGAUUCAAUUUAUAAUCAAGAUGCUAUUGAGUUAUCUGGUGGCAGAUAGCCGUAGUUUCUCUGCUUGAUGUAAAUGGUAAGCUUUUUUUAUAGGUUGGAUGAUCGGUGUAGUGUAAAUGUAUUCAUAUUUUGAGAUUUUAGUGUCAUUUCCACUUUCCAUCCCUUCUUGUAGUACACAACUUGGACCUAGCGAACCAUUUGUACAAUUUUCCCCCAUCUGUGGAAAAUGACAUCCAUGAAAUGAAACCAUCAAAUUUCAUUUCUUUUUGGUACACUGAAGGAAGCCAAACUCUAAACUGGCAAAAUAUAAAUGGCAAGAAUCCGGUUCAUGUCGGACUUUUUGAUGGGAUUGGACGGCUGGGAUUUGAUGAACUUUGUGUUUUUGGUGAGUGAGACAUCAGGUGGUCAAAAGACACAUAAUUUGUGCUUCUUUUACUGGUUAAGAUUCGAGUUUAUAGGGUGUGGUCCGAAUCCGGUUUAGUCAGAGUUUUACGUGAAGAAAGAGAGUUCUAACCCCCAUUGUAUAUUUACUACAAUUUGUUUGUUCAAAUAAUCAGUCAAAUAUCGUUUGAAGUCUCAAAUGAUUUAGGCCUAAUAAAAGAGUAAAACUCUGAAGUCAAGCUGAUAGUUGGGCGGGUAGGGCCAGUAUUGGGUGGGUAUUUAAUGGGCGAGAAGUUAUUAGGUAUGAGAUAUUAAUUACUCAUUUAUUUUACAUACAAUUGGGCAUGGGUAGGGAUUGAGAAACGGG